UUUGAAUUUGAAGCAGAGUGAAUUUAUCUGCAUCUUCCAGUUUGCAUUAUGAGUGCUCAAGCCGACACGAUGCCGAGGGAGAUCCCGGCCGAGGCCAAGGCCAAAAUCGAUGAAAUCCUGAAGAUUAUAAGCCAAGAAAGUGAUGAUUCAUUACAAAAUGCUCUCGAGCUUCUGAACGAGGCUCAAAACGAACACGAUCAUCCUCUAGACCCCGUCCAUUUUUUCCUAACUUUCAUGGAAAAACAAGACGUUGAGCUCACGCAUUGGGAAGUCGAGGAGACGAUUAAUCAAGUUAAGUUUCGUACCGAAAAUGAAGCACACGAUUUCAACUACGAAGAGUUCAUUGAGAUCAUCAAAUUACUAAAGAAUCCAAAUGUAAUGGAUCAGUUGAAAAGGAUGUAUAAGUAUUUGGAAAACAUGAACAUUAAUGUCAAAAAUUUGAUUCUUUCCCGCCAAAACAUGAACAAUGCCGAAAAAUUGAUUCUUUACGGCGAAUCGGGAGUAGGGAAAACUUGGAUGGCCAAAAAAAUAGCCGAUCGUGCCAUAAGACAAGGAGAGUUUGACUUUGCGAUUUGGGUAUAUCUCGAUAGGAUUUACGAUGUCACGAGUCUUAAACAGAGUAUCGUUUAUCAGUUGUCGAUACAAGGUGACGAUAGCGAUAAGAAACAAGGUGACGAUAACGAUAAGAAACAAGGUGACGAUAAUGAUAAGAUAGAUUCGAAAUUGGAAAAAAAGAAGCUUCUCUUGAUAUUAGACAAUGAGGGAAGUAAAAUGAAGUUCAAUGCAAAGUUGGAUAAAGUAACAGGGAAAAAAGUGAAGGAAGGCAGCUCUAAUAAUAUUACAGAGUAUUUUUUGAGUAAAUUGGGAGAAGAAGAAGGUAUAAAUUUGCACAAAAUUAUGGCGUUUAAUAAGCUCAAAUCUUUUAAUAUCCUCGUCACUACAAAAAACCGGCCCGCGCUAAACGAGCGCGGGAUGAUGGUGAUGCCUUGGACUCGAGAAGAGGCGAAAUCGUUCAUCAUCAAAGGCGAGUUGGCCGACGAGCUCAUCGAGAAGAGCCGUAGAUUCCCUUCCGAGAUUCUCAUCAUCGCGAAAACCUUGAGUUAUUUCGCGAAGGACGAAACUCGGCUUCGAAUGCUUAAAAACGAAAAGGAGAAACUCGAGAAGGAGAAGAAAAACGACGGCCCGUUGAGUUUCGACGAUUUGGUGACAAUGCUCGUAAAUCGGUACGAAGAUGUCCUCCCGAAAAGCGUCAUGAUCGACUGCUUCAGCACGGAGACUCUCGACGGGCAUUUCCUCACCCGAGGCCAGGCGGUCGGGUACAACGAGCUCAUCACCUAUUGGAUACUCGAGGGGCAUUUAGGUCAUUUCACGCGAAUCAAGGACGCGUACGAGGAGGGCCACCGAGUCUUGAUCGAGCUCCUCGAGCUCGGGUUGCUCGAGAAUCAAGAAUCGGGCCACGUCGUGUCGAGCGGGUCCCGGUCGUUCAAGUUCGACGUUCGGGAAUACUACAGUUUCUUCCAAGGCGUCCGUUUGGGCCUCGCCACGACUUUCGAAUGCCGGCUCGGGAAGAUCGCGGUCGGGCACGGGGCCAUAAAAACGGUGAUCGCCGAGCGAGCGUCGAAAAUAUCGACGCUCGUUUUGGAGGGAAAUCACAUCGGGAAAAUCGAGAUGCGCGAAGUUCUCGAUUCGGGCCGCGACGCGAUCGAGAAUCUCGCCGUCUUAAACCCGACGGGAAGAUAUUUCCCGCUCCCGAUCUCCGAGAUGAGCAAGCUUCGGCUGCUCGUCGUGAGAGGCUGCGAGUUUUUCGACACGGUCGACCAAAUUCUCGAAAUCACUCCUCCGUAUCGUGUAUGGGAACACCUCACGGCUUUCGAGCUAUCGGGUUCGAUCAACCUCGAAAAUAUCCCUGACCAUUUCUUCAACGACAUGCCAAACAUUAAAAACCUCAACUUGUCCUGUCUCAAGAUUAAGUCCCUGCCUAAAAGCUUCUACACCCAACUCACCAAACUAGAAAUCCUAAUCCUUAAAGACUGCAAAAGCCUCGAAAAGCUCGAAAGCCUGAAGAAUUUCGAAGACCUCGAGGUGCUCGACAUCUCGGGCGACGAAUCCGUGACGAGCAUUCACGACAAGAUGUUCGUGACGAACAAGAAACUCCGAAUCAUAAACUUAUCCGGCACGAAAAUCGAGACUCUCCCCAUUAUUUACCACCUCCAAAAACUCGAGUCUCUCUCCCUAACCGAUUGCCUCUCCCUAACGAGAAUUCGAAGGAUCGCCAAACUCGCCCGCCUCCAAAUCCUCGACAUCUCGGGAGCUGAGAAAGUCGAGGAGUUUCUCGACCCGUGUUUGGAAUAUCUCGAGAGCCUCGAUUACCUCGAUAUUUCUAAGACGGCUUUCCGGAAGCUUCCGUCCAACAUCGCCAACCCGCGGUACGUUUACAUGCGGGAGUGUCGUGAGCUCACGAGGCUAACUCCCAUCGAAGGCCUGUCGAGAGUCGAGGUCCUCGACCUGUCGGGCUCGACGAAAUUAGCGGAUAUUCGAGUCGAGUUUUUCAAAAACGCCGCGCGUUUAAAGGAGCUGAACUUAUCGAGAACGGGCGUGAAAGACUUUUCGUUCCUUUCGAGCCUCGGCACGACUCUUCGUAAAUUGUGUCUCUCGAAAUGCGAGUCGUUGGAGAAGCUCGAAAGCGGGAGCUUGAGCGAGUUACGGGAGUUGGAAAGGCUCAAUCUUUCGGGAUGUAAGAAUCUAACCGAGAUUAGCGACGGCUCGUUCGACAAAAUGUGCCUUCUUAACUACCUCGACGUGUCGGGAUUAUCCAUGCUUGAGAAGCUACCUUCCCUUUCGAACAACAUAAAUCUCGGGGAACUUCACGUCAAAGACUGUCCGAAAAUAACCACCCUGCAAGGACUCGAUCAGAUCCUCGCCCUCAAAAUUCUCGAUCAUUCCGGAACUUUCUUGAAACCAUCGCCGAGUUUCCAUCCCAAUUGUCGCGUGCUGGGCCCGGUUUUCCCGAGCAUGGAAAAUAUUUUUCCUGAUAAACUCCUUAAAGACCUCGGCGCGAAUGCUAUACCUCCCGAGCUAACUCGUCCACUGCCUGAACAACAAGAAAGCUCCGAAACUUACCGCAAUUGGAGCAUUUCGAACUGGAGAGACGAAGAAAACGGACACAAUUCCUCGAUCAGCGGCUUUCAUUUCCUUCAUCUCCUCAAAAUGUACCCGAAAUUCUUGAAGGACUCGUUCGAGCGGUUUAAUUUCCUCAUUUACCCUUCCGAGGCGCCGGCGGAGCAUUACUUGCCGGACAAGCAAGACUACUCAGACGAGACCGAUGUAAGAAACGCUUACCUCAGCCAAGUGACUAAUCGAAAAUUCAGAAAAAUUUUAGAGUUUCGCGAGUUCGUAAAAGUCCCACUCUGCAUCGAUCCCCUGCUGCAAGAAUCAGAUUUUAUCAUCCUCAUCGACAGCUUGUUUUUAACUUCGCUUAACGAUUUAUGCACCGACUGGACUAAGAACAGUAUCAAGGCUUGCUGGAUCGAGAGGUGCAACAAGCUGGAGCACGCGUUCGUUAAUAAUUCAGACAACAAUCUCGACUCGUUCGAGACGCUAUGGAUUUCCGAGGCGGCGAAGCUCAAAAGCAUCGGUUUUUUCCGAGGGCUCAAAUCAUUGUACUUGGAGUUCUGUCCGAAACUCACCGAGCUGAGCUGCAAGAAUCUCGAAAGCCUCGAGAUUCUAUACAUUAAAUACUGUGAGAACUUCGAGUCGCUCUUCUCCAAGGAAAAAAACGAAGGCUCGGAGGAGGCUCGGAUGAUGCGGAACCUGAUGGCCCUCCAUCUGUGGGGUUUACCGAGCCUCGGGAGAGUCGAGCUCGGGUGGGCUUUGUCCUCCCUGACGACGCUUAGAGUCGGCGAGUGCCCCCGGCUGAAGAGGAUUGGGUUCAAGGCGCCAAAUUUGAAAACUCUGAGAAUUGCUGAGAUGCCCCUGGUGAAGAAUUUUCUUGAUUUGGGUCCUGUGAGUCCUGGAGUUGUGGAGAUCAAGACAUGUGAUGGGCUGAAGGAACUGUUUGAAAUUGCUGGUGGGUCCCUGGUGGAGAUUGAGAGAAUGGAGCUGGUGUGCUUGCCUGAGUUGGAGAGGAUUGGUUUUGCUGUGAAAGAGGAAAAUGUAACAAUAUGGGGAUGCCCAAAACUGGAAAUGUCACAAUUGGGAGGGAAUUGA